AUGGCGCCUUCCAAGCGCAAGGCUGAGGAUGAUUUCAUCCUCACAUUAUCCGACAAUGAAGACGUACUUGACCUGCCGCCGCAGAAGAAGACGAAAAAGCCCACAUCCACCAAGACAUCCACAGCCACCGUGACCGACCCCGAUGCCGAUGGAGACGACGGCGCUCUGGCCUCGGACUUCGAUUUCGACGACGACUCAAAUUAUGUGGCCGAAGACAUUGAGGAGUGGACCUUUGACGGAGCAACAAAAUCCGUGACAGCGGGCCCGAGACAGGUUCUAGAAAGCAUAAUACGAAGGAGGACGAGUAAAAAGCAAAGCAAAGGCGACGGCGACACCACACAAGAAGCUGAGACAGACGGAGAGGACAGCGGCGAUGCCGACGAGCUUGCCGAUGAGCUUGACGACGACGAGGAGAUGCUCGCGGAGGAUGCUUUUGGCAUGGACGUUGACUCCGAAGUAGAGGAGUCGGAAGAUGAGGAUGGGGUGCUCAAGAGAAAUUCUGAAGAAGGCGAGAGCGAGGAUGGGGAAGACGACGCCGCAUCUGACAACGACUCUGUCGCUACACCAGUCGAGCAUCCCGAUGACGAUGUCGAAGACUCCGAUUCCGACGACGACAACGACGAGGAUGCCGAAGAGAUCGCCAAGAGGGUCGCUUUCUUUGCCCCCGAGGAGAAGGCCAAACCCGGAAAGAAGGACAACGCGGGCUCCUUCAUGGCCAUGUCACUAUCUCGUCCAAUUCUUCGGGGCCUUGCAGCCGUGGGGUUCUCCAAUCCCACACCCAUCCAGGCAAAGGCAAUCCCAAUCGCGCUUAUGGGUAAGGAUCUUGUCGGUGGCGCUGCCACAGGUUCGGGAAAGACGGCGGCCUUCAUUGUCCCCAUCCUGGAGCGACUGCUCUACCGACCAAAGAAGGUCCCGACUACCCGCGUGGUUGUUCUCACGCCGACUCGUGAGCUGGCAAUCCAGUGUCAUGCUGUGGCUACGAAGCUGGCUAGUUUCACCGACAUCACGUUCUGUCUAGCCGUGGGAGGCCUGAGCCUCAAGGUCCAGGAAGCGGAACUGCGGCAUCGUCCUGAUGUCGUGAUUGCCACCCCAGGACGUUUCAUCGAUCACAUGCGCAACUCGGCAAGCUUCACCGUCGAGGGAGUCGAAAUCUUGGUCUUGGACGAGGCUGAUCGCAUGCUCGAGGACGGUUUCGCAAACGAGCUGAACGAGAUUCUAGGGGAGAUACCCAAAUCCCGCCAGUCCAUGCUGUUUUCGGCCACCAUGAACUCCUCAGUCGACAACCUCAUCCGCCUUGGCAUGAACAAGCCCGCCCGGAUCAUGGUAGAUUCGCAGAAGACGACAGUCAACACGCUUGUCCAAGAAUUCAUGCGUCUACGCAACAACGAGCAGCUGCGCCUCGGCUACCUUCUCCAUAUUUGCACCAAGCUCUACACAAAUAAGGCCAUUAUUUUCUUCUCAAGGAAACAAGAAGCACACCGUGCACGCGUCAUCCUGGGCCUCUUGGGGCUGACUGCCAGGGAGCUGCAUGGCAACUUGAACCAGACAGAGCGUGUGGCCAACAUUGAAGCCUUCCGGACCGGCGAGGUUGCCUUCCUGUUGGCUACCAAUCUUGCCUCUCGUGGUCUCGACAUCAGGGGCGUGGAAACGGUCAUCAACUACGACGCACCAAAAGAAAUCGACGUCUACCUACACAGGGUGGGCCGGACGGCCCGUGCUGGACGAAAGGGUACUGCCAUCACGCUCGUCGCGGACUCGGACCGCAAGCUCGUCAAGGCAGCCGUUAAAGCAGGCAAAGACCAAGGCACAAAGACCAGAAGUAUUACGAUCGAUAUCGUGCACGCGAAGGAGUGGCAGUCCAAGGUGGAUGAGCUUGAGGAGGAAGUGGAUGAGAUCUUGGCGGAGGAGAAGGAGCUGAAGCAACUGCAGCAGGCGGACAUGGAAAUCCAAAAGGGCGAGAACCUGAUCAAGCACGCAGCUGAGAUCAAGUCACGGCCCAAGCGGACAUGGUUCGAGACGGAGCACGACAAGAAGAAGGCGAAGGAGGCUUCGAAGGGGGCCGCGCCACCCAAGCUAGACGCCUUGAGGGAAAGCCUGAAGAAGAAGCACGCGAACGGCCGGCUGAGCAACAAGGACAAGAAGAAGUUGGAUAACAAGGCCGAGAGGCAGAAUGGCAGGCUUUGGAAAAAGGGAGCUGCCGAGCGUGCGGGCAAGGGCGCGGUGCUGAACCUGCGGAAGAAGGGCAAGGGGGAAGGAAAAUCCAGCCUGAACAAGGUCAAAGACGGACCGGCCUUCAAGGCUGCGGAUGCAGGGCCAAAGAAUGUGAAGGGCAAGGGAAGGGGGAAGAAGUAG